UUUAACUGUGAAGGUCGCUGAUGAGCCUGUCAUUCAGAAGAGUUUUACCAGCAAGUCGUUAUUUUCUUCGUUCACAGCAUACUGAAAAUUUCAGUAGGUGUUGUAGCUCACGAAAAACUUGGUGAUGUUGAAAAUUAUCCUGGACACAUCAAAACCAGUUUCUUACAAAAAUAUCUCCUGAGUCUUGGGAGCGGGAUUGGCUGUCUGAUUAACCCAAGAAGAGCUGAUCUGCUCAGCACAUUUGGGGAGACUAGCGGAGAACUCGCCUUGCGCCAAAUAUUCAAUAGAAUGCUGAAUCAUCCUGAUGGUUGUCGCAUAUUACGUGACCGACCAACUAUUCGUACUAACACAGUUGAUUUAGAUAGCCUUCGUAAGCUGCCUGAGGGUACGUUUGGGAAAGCGUAUACGAAGUUUCUGGAUAAAUAUGGUUAUUCACCUGAUGAAAGACACUAUGUUAAAUUUGUAGAUGACCAAGAUUUGGCUUACAUCAUGCUUCGGUACCGGGAAAUACAUGAUUUGGUUCAUACUUUGCUUGGUCAACCUACUGACAUGCUUGGUGAAGUCGUUGUUAAAUGGGUUGAAGGCAUACAAACUCUUCUCCCUAUGUGUUUAACUGGUGGUUACUUUGGUUCUCUGCGUCUCGCACCCAAGUUAGUAUUUACUAUCAAUAAUACAUAAAUAAAUUUUGCCACUUGUUUGUAUCGUUUAGGUUAUUUACCCGGAUACAUUUUAAAUAUCCUUUUUUUGUUUAUUUCAGACAAACAGAGCGUUUCGUAGAAAGCCAUCUAGAGUACGCAAUUCAUACUGGCAGAGAAGCUCGUUUUCUAAUGUGUGUUUACUUUGAGGAACAUUGGGAAGAUAACUUGGAAGAUUUCAGGUCAUCCUUAAAUAUUCAGUCGCCGCCACCCCCCAGAAAACUGGAUUGAGAUGUGUUUCGAAGCACUUUCAAUUGUGACUUUGUAAAUAGUGUAGUUCGAUCUGUUUUUGCCAAGCAACGUUUCAUUACAAAUGUCUUAGCAUUUUUAACUAACGUGAAGUAUAUGUUUGAAGUUAGUUUGCUUAGAAUUUGUGUUGCCACAAGAUAACAUUGUGAUAGCUGAUAAUUAAUCCAAUCUGUUUCGUGGUCUUUGGCACUUAAUAAAGCUUUAAUACCGUAUCGACUGGUUUUGACUGUCAUGACUUUAUAAAUGUAUAAGUUCCUGGCAUCACUUUAGACUUCGUCAUAUUUGAUCACUAAAUUUGUCUUCUUCAGGUUUGUUGUUUUGACAAUACAACAUUUUAAAUCCGGCAGUUGCAACCUUCAGUACCGUGAAAUUUUCUCUCAAAUCAGUUUCUAAAGUAAAAGGAUGAUCUUUUUUAGUGAUAUUGGUGUAAUACAACCUAUUGUAAUAGGAAACUAUCUUCUACAUCGUAAUUAUUUAUCCAGUGGUUUUACCACUACUUCCUACCGGUUUUCAAGAGUCGUACUCUGAUGCUAAAAACAUCUCAUAAGCCGGUAACAUUUGGUGAAACGUAAUUCUGUCUAGCCAACUUAUAAAAAUUCUUGGUGUGCAUUUUGCAUCUCCUAUAUAUAUAUAUAUAUAACACAUGAGUCCAUACUUGCCGUUACUUAAACCCAAUAUUAAUUGAAAUGUUAAAACAUUAUAUGAUAGUGGUGCUUAAAAAGACAAUUAGUUCUUAAAUAAACUCUUCAGAUAAAUGAAUCCAAUAAUUAAAGUCCCCCUUAGGUACAAUCCCUACCAUACUAUUAAGGAGUGUUUUUCCCUCUAUCAAAUUUAGUUUUGUUAGCUAUUAUCGUAGCCUCUAUUGGUAAUCUGCAUACUAUCGUUC